GAGACGGUUGGUCUUUAGCCGGGGGAAAAUCAAACCGUUAGAACGCUUGCCUAAGUUGCGAGGGAGUUUCAAAAUCAAUACAAUUCCACAGUUAUACAGUGAUACUGUUAUUAACACAGCGCUCUUUGCGUUUGUACAUUACAUGUAUUUUAUGUGUUGAACAGUUGUGGUUUUUGAAGAGCGAAGAAUUUGUGAGGUCUUGACAAUGGGCCGCAGAAAAAGGAAUCCGAAAAGACUCAUCGUCAGUCAGAAAGUUGGCGAGAAUAACGUAGCUAAAAAUUCGAAUGACUCCGGCGGAAAAGAGGCGACGGAACGAAGAGAAGAUCCCUCCUUGAUUGCCGAAGCUGUGAUUGACGUUUACUCGCGUUUGAAAUUGCCACUCGUGCACCCGAUGCAGCAGCGUCGAUCGUCGGACGUAAGCGACGAGGAGGAUACUGUCGAGCUGAACUUCUGGCCGCGUUUUGUCUUCGUGUCGAACCUGUGCCUAAUCUGCAUGGAACGCUCGAGGGUGACCUGCGAAUCUUGCGGCAUGGUUUCUUACUGCACCGUCAAACACAUGGAGCAGGACCGGCCGAGGCAUCGCGACCUGUGCAAAGUUCUCACCGAGAUCUGCGCGAUCGGCUUGUCGCCGCUGUCGGGACUCAGCGCGGACGAUUAUCGCGUCUAUCGGCUGAAACUGAUCGAGCUGGUGCACCGCCGCUUGGGCAGGCCUCUCCAGCUCUGGGAAAGGGAGAUUCUACUUUAUCCUCGCGUCUGUUGCGACUGUCGCUGCUUCUCGAGGGCUCUGAGAUGCUGUUCGGCGUGCGGAAUCGGCUUGUUCUGCGAGAAUCACGACGGCGGGCAUAGGGAGUGGUGUCGAGAGUUCCAGGUGUUUCGCAGGGUUUUGUCGAUGCAGCACAAGAACGGUUACGCGGAGCCCGAGAUUCCGGAUACCCUCCAGGAAGGACCCCUUCGUUUACCCGGCAAUUUUGAUCGGUUAAUAGCGCAGCUUUACGAUCGCUCGACUUAUUAUUGCGAUAUGGAUUCCUACACGUACUGCGGUCUCUCUCAUGUAGCGUCUAUUCCGUUGACGGCUCUGUAUGCCAUGCAGAUUUCUUGCCAGAAUUGGAAAACUAUCGACGCUCUCGUGAUUCACGUGAUAGGCGCCGAGUUCCAGUACGAGUGUAUAAAUCUGCACGUGUGGGAGAAAUUCUUUCUGCACCUUCUUCCCAAUUUAAAGCGUCUCAAGUUGAUGUUCGUUGGCCCGGAACUGAGUCUGCCGCCGGUGCCGUUAGACCUGUUGACUGCUGUGAAGAUAUGUUCGACUUGCAAAUCGUUCGGUCGACGUGUAAACGUUUCGUUCCAUCCGGGAAAAUUCUAUCACGAUUUCUGUCGUUCCAAACAGUUCACAGGACCGCAUCUCGUGUGUCUCUUUAACCCGGGUCUUUAUCGGGAGACUGGUUUUGAAGGCAGGGACACGUGGCCAGAGACGAUACGUGAAUUUUGUAAAACGAAAGUUCCCGUUUGCGUGACAUCUUACACGAAGCAGGAAAUUCCUCGGGAGAUGGUCAGGAUAAAAUCGAUUGCCGAUGUAGACACGAUUUUGGAGCCGCGGAGAAAUCCAUUCGCUUCGAUCAAACCCGAUAGAAAUUUUGUCAGUGACGAUACGGCGCCACUUAUCUAUAAAAAUUAUUAUCUCGCUAUCGUUCGAGGAAAAUCAUAAAAGAAUUUGAAAGAAAUACUUUUUAUUAAAUUUACUAUAUAAUUUUGCACAAAUACCUUUUAUACACUGA